GGCAGGGCAUGUUCAAGUACCUGGCGGACCACGAGCGGAACGGGACGCUGGUCCAGAGGCUGUGUGGCCUGCUGGUGAGCCAGGGAGACUGCGUGCUGCGGGACGAGUGGACGGUGGGCGUCGACCUGGGCCCCAAGCCGCCCCCCGGGACUCCCCGGGUGCAGGAGGCGGAGGUGAGUGGCGCACCACGAGUGGUACGGGACGAUGGCCCAGAGGCUGUGUGGCCUGCUGGUGAGCCAGGGAGACUGCGUGCUGCGAGACGAGUGGACGGUGGGCGUCGACCUGGGCCCCAAGCCGCCCCCCGGGACUCCCCGGGUGCAGGAGGCGGAGACGCUGACCGUCGUGCAACUAUCGGACAUCCCCUACGAGCCGCAGUACCUGGACGGCGGCAACGCGGUGUGCGGGGAGCCCGUGUGCUGCCUGGCGUCGCAGGGGCGCGGGGCGAACCAGUCGCUGAGCGCGGGGCGGUGGGGGGACUACCGCGGCUGCGACGUGCCCCUGGACACGCAGGAGGACGCUCUCCGGGCCGUCACGCAGCGCCACCAGAAAAUAGACUACGUUUACAUGACUGGGGACCUGGUGGAUCAUGCCUCGUGGUUGGCUGAUAAGGAAUACAACACACAAAUUAUAAACAAAGUGGUUGAUUCACUGACGAAAGCAUUCGGGGCCACUCCGAUAAUUUUCACUCUCGGUAACCACGAGGCAGUGCCGGUGAACUGCUACGCUCCGUGGGACGUGAGCGACGCGAGCCUGUCAGCGCAGUGGCUGUUCGAGCUGGUGUCGGAGCUGUGGUCGCCCCACCUCACACCCGCGGCCAAGCAGACGCUGCUCCGGGGAGGCUACUACACGCUGAAGCUGCGAGACGGCUUCAGGGUCAUCGUCCUCAACAACAUCGUGUGCUACACCGGCAAUCUCUGGCUGGCGUAUGAAUCCGAAGACCCUUACAACCAGCUCGCGUGGUUGGCUGAAACACUGCUGCAGGCUGAGAAGAACAACGAGAAGGUGCAUCUCUUGUACCACGUUUCGAGUGGCUACUCGGAAUGUUUGAGCACUUGGAGCAGAGAGUUCAACAAAAUAGUGGACAGGUUCGAGAGCACCAUCACCGCCCACUUCAACGGCCACACGCACAGCGAUGAGUUCCACGUGUUCUACUCGGCCGAGAACGCGUCCAGAGUGAACGGCGUGGCCCUGAACGGAGGCUCCGUGACCACAUACUCUGACGUCAACUCCAACUACAAGGUGUACACCGUGGACCCUAGCUCCUGGUACAUCCUCGAUGCUGAAAGUUGGGUGUUCAACCUCACAGAUGCCAACCUGCAUCGCAACAGCACUCCAGAAUGGUACCGACAAUACUCGUUCAGAGAAGCGUAUGGAGUCAAGAGUCUAAUUCCUUCAGAAGUGGAAACUGUAGUUAAUCGCAUGGCAAAAGAUCACAGUUUGCUACAAAAGUACAACAGCUUCUACUACAAGGACGGGGAUCCCUCGCUGGCCGCGGGCUGCGACGAAGCCUGCCUCAGGAAGAAGUUGUGCGACAUUGCGACUACGGACAGCAGCAACUCGACUCACUGCCGCUUGCUGGAGGCAGAGUUCGACAAGGCCUCGACCGCUCCCGUUUCGCAGACGCAAACAUGACGCAGUCAACUGCACGGUUGAAAAUGCUUUAGCCCUUUUCACAGUGGCGUAGCCAGGAUUUGUGUAUGGGGGGUGUUAAGAAGCAUGCCCUCACCCCCCCCCCCCCCCGUAUUAAAGCGGGUGGUCCGGGGGUCCUCCCCCGGGAAAAUUUGGAUUUUAAGGUGUAAAAUAGUGCUAUUUUAGCAGUUUUCGGUUCUUAAAUUUAAAUAUUUGUAAUGGUAAAUUUUUUUAUUAAUUUUAAUAUGAAAUUUGGAUGAGUGAUGAAUAAGAAAUUAAUUAAAUAUUU